AUGUUAAGGCAUUCAGUCGCUGGCACUGGUAGGCAGAAGUUUAUACAGACUGUACACUCGCGCUCUCAAUACCGACUAUACGCCGGUGCCAUCCGAUUAGGGGCUCUCACAGCCAUAAUAGCGUCCGCAGACAUAGACAGCACCGGCGGCUACAGCAGCGACGACACCGCGAGGCUGACGGACAUCAGCAGUACCGGUGCCCACCAGCAGACAACCACCGGUGCCAUUGACAGCCCAGUUGACAGCAGCACCGGUAGCAGUAAUAGUAGGCCGUCGAUGAUGGAUGUGCUGCCAUUAGCGCUGCUAUUAGUGAUGGGUGUCGUCAUAUCGACCACAUGCGGCAAAUACACGUCCUCCCAGUCCCCCACCACCACCUCCACGAGCGCCGGCAUCAUUGGUACGGCUCAGGCGUCUACCAGCGACAGCAGUGCCGGUGCUCUGGCGGCCGCCAACCUAUACGACUCCAGUGGGGACAGGGAUGUGCCGAUCGUCGACAGCAAUGGGGCACAUGUGGACACGGGGGCGAAGCACCGGCAGUUGGACAGCCUGUCAUCAUCGGCCCUAAUUGACACAUCCAUGUUCUCACGCCAGUCCUCAUCAGCAUCCCAGCCCUCAUCAUCCCAGGGCUCCCAUCACUCCACACGACUCAACGCUCUGUUGACGGCGAACCAGCCGUCAAACCGGUCGCCGGCACCGCCCCCUUCACCCCCACCCCCACCGCCCCCACAACAGCAGCCACAGCACCGGCACCACUAUAAUCACAACCAUAACAAGCACUUUGUGUUGAACAGUGAUAGCAGUAGUGGUGGCAGUAGUAGACACACCGGUGCUGAACAGCACCGUAAUCACUAUAAUAACCACGCGUACCAAAGCGAUGGCACCCCCACCUACUACAGGCCCUACUACCUGAGCAGGCAAAUGUUGACAAAUACGUCGGUGACCUGUAAUGAUGGCACUGUGGCCGGCUAUUACAUACGCCAAAACUACGCCUCCCGGCGCUGGAUAGUGUUCCUGGAAGGGGGCUGGUAUUGCUUCAGCGCCCUUACCUGUCAUCAACGGUGGCUUAAGAUGCGUGGCUUAAUGACAUCCGCUCACUGGCCAGAGGCUAAGACAGGUAUGUGUGAGCACUGGUAUUGGAGGGCAUGUGUGGGUCGCUAA